AUGGGCUACUUCAUGAGCUACAUCAAAUACUUCCUCACGCACCCUAUCCUCUUCAUCUACGAAGUCAUACAAUAUUUGCUCGACUUUGUGCUCUCGCCAGCACCGCCGCCACCACAUGCAAACCUCGUACGCCCUAAGAUUGCAGUCAUCGGCGCGGGCCUAACAGGCGUAUCCGCUGCAUCGCACAUCGUCGGCCAUGGCUUCGACUGUCACAUCUUCGAAGCCGGAUCCAAAAAGAAUCUCGGCGGAAUUUGGAGCCGGGUGAACAACACGUCUGGUCUGCAAAUCCACUCGCUCAUGUACCGAUUCCACCCUUCGGUGCACUGGAGCAAAGGAUAUCCGGAUCGCCAGCAGAUUGUAUCACAGAUCAGGUCCCUUUGGGAGCGAUAUGGUCUUGAGAGUAAGACGGAGUUUAACAUACGUGUUGAGAAGGUGUACAAAGAUCCUCACGGACGAUGGAUCAUCAACGACCCCUCUCACGGACGAUUCGAUGGCGUCAUUGCUGCGAUUGGCACCUGUGGUGACCCUAAGAUGCCAACACUUCCCGGUCAAGAGCACUUCAAAGGCGAGAUCUGGCACAGUUCGCAACUUGACGGUAAAGUCGCCAAAGGAAAGAAGGUCGCCAUUAUAGGCGGCGGUGCCUCAGCCGUCGAAGCCCUUGAAUUUGUCGCCAGCGCAGAAGCAGAACACGCCAAUGUACUGGCUCGAUCCGAGAAAUGGAUUAUUCCGAGAAACCCAUUCAUCGACAGUCUUCUCGCUUUCAACAUAUUCGGAAUGGAGACCAUCUUCAGUUGGAUUCCGGAGUAUGUCCUACGUCUCUUCUUCUACCGCGAUCUCUACGACAUUUCACCAGCACCCAACAGCGGAAAGGGUCUCUUCACCGAAACACCGAUGGUAAACGACUCAGUCCUCGACCUCAUCCGCUCAGGUGAAGCAUCAUGGCUCCGCGGCGAUAUCUUGGGCUACGACGAGUCUGGCACCGGCAUCAAAUUUAACAAGCGCGCACGAGGUGUCCCCAAGAACGGACCUGGGUCCGAGAAACUGGUCGAAGCCGACAUCGUCAUCACGGCGACCGGUUACAAGCGUCCAAGCCUAGGCUUCCUCCCAGACGAGGUCUUCAACGAGCCAUAUGAACCACCAAACUGGUACCUCCAGGUCUUCCCACCAGAUCACCCUUCCAUUUGCGCAAACAACUGCACUUACGUCAACGCCAUCGGAACGGUCGGCAACUACCACAUCGGCAUCUACACGCGCUUCCUACUCAUGUACCUCGUCGACCCACUCGCUCGGCCGCGUACUUGGUGGAUGAAGCGCUGGAUCGAUAUGACGCGGUUCAUCAAGACCAAGGCUCCCGGUGGCGCUUUCGACUUCUUCACGUACUCGGAGCUCAUCUACUGGUUCUUGUUCACGAUCGCGAUCAACCCGUUCAGGUGGAAGUGGGCGGCUUUUGUGUUGUGCGGUAUUGGUAAGGGAUUGCCGUUGAGUGUGGUCGAGCAGGAAGACAGGGCAAGGGAUGGCCUGGGUAUGAGGCAUAUUUUAAGCAACCAUGAUAACGGGGAGGAUUAG